AUGGGUUUGUGGGAUGUUGAUGACUUCGGCGUCAUCGCCGACAAGGCAUGUUGGUCUAUGUUUGCUAUAACGACAGUGGUGGUCGUGCUCCGACUCAUCACCCGCCAGUUCUUCGGGCAAGGCAAUAUGGGUGGUGGUCUUGGAUGGGAUGACUUCAUAACAGCGUUUUGUAUUGUUGUCAUGCUCAUUACAUGCGUCAUGAUCACAAUAGGCACGCAUUACGGUCUCGGUCGAAAGCUAGAAGACAUCGACGUCGCUCUCAUCCCCGGCGCACUGAAGUGGAACGUCAUCAUCAGCUCUGUUCUGAUAUGGACCUUCUCAUUACCCAAGUUCGCCAUCAUCGCGACGCUGAAGCGCAUUCUCGACUACGGAUUAAAGACGACGACACUCUUCUGGGGCCUGGCACUCAGUUCACAAGCUUGUAUCUUGGCUACGUCGGUCUGGUGGUACAAACAGUGUGACCCCGUGGAAUUUGGCUGGGACAGAAGCAUUGAGGGUGGGAGUUGCGCUUCUGUACAGGUCAUGUCUGACUUGGGAUACUUUACGUCGGCUUAUUCUGCAUUCCUCGAUGGGUUCUUCGCCCUGUAUCCGAUUCCCUUCAUUAUGAAGCUCAACAUGCCGCUCAAGAAUAGGAUUCUGGUAUCGAUUGCGCUGGGAUUGAGCUUCAUGGCUUGCAUUCUGUCCAUCUACAAGCUGACCAUCUUUGGCGAGAUCUUUGUGAUACUUGCCGAGAACCCAACUUAUCCCGUUCCCUUCCUCGACAUUCUCGGUCUAGGGGAAGGAUGCAUUCUUCUCAUCUGUGCUUCCCUACCAACCUUGGGCCCUCUCUUCAGGCUAGUCAAGGGCAAGAUAGCCACAGCAAACGCAAGCCGUAUAACGGAUAAUAGCAAGAAAGGCACCAGCAGUGGGCAAUCUAGCGGAAGGUGGGAUAAGCUACGAGGUCAACAGGGUGACGACGUGGAGCAUGGAUCAAGCAGGAUCGGGUCCAGCGUCGACGACAUUCCGCUUGUGGUGGGCCUGAAACACGCCACUGGAAUCCACAAGACGGUCGAGUUUGGCGUAUCACAUGCAAAACCAGACGAGACUGGACGCGGAUACGGACCAGAAUCAGAAUGA